GUUGACAGUGACGUCGACUGCGACUGUGGCCGCCGCUCGGGUGACUUGUCUACCGAUAAAAGCGUUUAUUGCGUGCCGUGCGUGGCCUCUGUCUGCCCCACGCAGAGCCCCAGAUGGAGGAAUAAUUCUAGCUCGAUCGCCCGUCCCCAAAACACGUUGCAGAUCGGUCGCGCACGACGCUUGACGCUUGUGCCGUACGCGAGAUAUGAAGCGGCGCGCCAUCGCCGUGUCGUCGUCGCCGCCAGUGUUCUGGAAUAGAAAACACCCGUGUGAGCUCGAGCUCUUCUUCGUGGUGGGGCACAGCCCCAUCCGCUGUGUUCGACAAUCCGACAACACGGUGAGCGGAGGCACGACCCCGCUCGGCCCGCUCGACGGCGGCGAGGACGACGGCGAGCUGUGGUCCGGUCGCGACCCGUCCCACCAGGCUUUAUACCGCGCGAUCACAGCUCGCAGGCCCGGGCAAGAUUUCUUGGCCCGCCAGUCUUGGCUCCUUGGCCCCGCGCGCCAAGAGCCGUAA